UCUCUGUCAUCUUCGUCUCGUAUAAAUCAAUUCUUGAUAAGUUUUUUGCAUUGUAACAAAGAAUAGAGAGAGAGAGAGAAAGAGGUGAGAUACAGAGAGAGUAGAGAGAGAGUGGAGAGAGAGAGAGAGAGAGAGAGAGGAAAAAAAUGCAAGGCGUUCUACAGUCAAAAGGGCUCCUCUCACUACCAUCAAACCCCAGAACCAGAGCUUCUUUCCUACCUCCGCCAUUGCAGGGUUUAAGGUACCGAUACAACCAUGUAAUAAACCCUAUACUAAAACCAGGUUUACUCAACGCCUCCUCCUUAUCUCUAAAUGGGUUCUCUAAAUUCCAUGGCUUUUCCACAAAGCCUCAAUUGGUUGGUCAGAAGAGCAGAAACUACCCCGUAUGCAGGGCGGAGGCGGCUGCCGCCGCCUCCGCCGCCGCAGGCGGCGGCGACCAGCCGAAGCUGUUGGGUGUGGAGGUGGCGACCCUGAAGAAAAUACUGCCACUUGGGCUGAUGUUUUUUUGUAUUUUGUUCAAUUACACUAUUUUAAGGGAUACAAAGGAUGUAUUGGUGGUGACGGCGAAAGGUUCGAGUGCCGAAAUCAUACCGUUCUUGAAAACGUGGGUGAAUUUGCCGAUGGCGAUUGGGUUCAUGGUUCUGUACACCAAGUUGUCGAAUGUGUUAUCGAAGGAGGCUCUGUUUUAUACGGUGAUUCUUCCGUUUAUUGCGUUUUUCGGGGCGUUUGGGUUCGUGCUGUAUCCGCUCAGCAACUAUUUCCACCCGACCGCGCUUGCGGAUAAGCUUCUCAACACGUUGGGGCCGAGGUUUCUCGGGCCGCUUGCGAUAAUGAGGAUAUGGAGUUUCUGUUUGUUCUAUGUGAUGGCUGAGCUUUGGGGGAGUGUGGUUGUCUCUGUCCUGUUUUGGGGGUUUGCUAAUCAGAUUACUACUAUCGACGAAGCAAAGAAAUUCUAUCCACUCUUCGGACUCGGUGCAAACGUUGCCCUAAUUUUCUCGGGUCGAACGGUGAAAUACUUUUCUCAAAUGAGGCAAAGCUUGGGCCCGGGAGUCGACGGGUGGGCCAUAUCCCUAAAGGCCAUGAUGAGUAUCGUCGUAGUCAUGGGUUUCGCCAUUUGCGGUCUUUAUUGGUGGGUCAACAAUAACGUUGAUCUUCCCUCUCGUAGUAUGAAGAAGAAGGAGAAGCCGAAAAUGAGUACAAUGGAGAGCAUAAAGUUUUUGGUGUCUUCGAGAUAUAUAAGAGACCUCGCCACUUUGGUCGUCGCGUACGGUAUUAGCAUCAACCUCGUCGAGGUCACAUGGAAAUCGAAGCUUAAAGCUCAGUUCCCGACGCCAAACGAGUACUCGUCGUUCAUGGGAGAUUUCUCGACGGCAACCGGAAUAGCAACUUUCAUAAUGAUGCUUCUGAGCCAGUGGGUGUUCAACAAAUACGGCUGGGGAGUGGCGGCGAAGAUUACUCCGACGGUGUUGCUUCUCACCGGAGUUGGUUUCUUCUCGUUGAUUCUGUUUGGGGGCCCGCUUUCUCCGGCGCUCGCUGGUAUCGGAGUGACCCCACUUUUAGCGGCUGUGUACGUCGGAGCGAUGCAGAAUAUAUUCAGUAAGAGUGCAAAGUACAGCUUGUUCGAUCCGUGCAAGGAAAUGGCUUACAUUCCUUUGGAUGAAGACACCAAGGUUAAAGGGAAGGCGGCGAUCGAUGUUGUGUGCAACCCGUUGGGAAAAUCCGGUGGCGCUCUAAUUCAGCAGUUCAUGAUUCUAACAUUCGGAUCUCUUGCGAAUUCGACACCUUAUCUAGGUGGCAUACUUCUCGUAAUUGUUCUUGCAUGGCUAGGGGCAGCAAAGUCAUUAGACACCCAAUUCACGGCGCUGAGGCAAGAGGAGGAGCUCGAGAAGGAGAUGGAAAGAGCUUCCGUCAAAAUCUCGGUUGUUUCCUCGACCGAUGAAACUGGUAAUAACGGAUCUCUCACUGCUGAGUCAGCCCUAAAUUCAAUGGGGGGCGAUUCGUCCUCCGCCGGACCCUCGUCGCCUCGGAGUGCGUGAUUCGGUUGCUUGAAUAAUAGGGAUUAAAGAAAUGAUUAUUAUUACUAUCAUUUUAGAAAGAUUUGGCAGUUUGGAUUGAUGAUGGUGUUAGGAUUUUCUAAUAUGUUUUUUAUUUAUUGUAAUAUUUUUGUUUUAGCUUUUGGAAUAAUCAGAGCCUGUUAGUCACGUGACUGACUUUAAGCCACUCUGAGAUUUUUUACUUAUUGUAGUUUUCCUUAAAAAUAUAAUUUUUUUUUUCUAUUUUACUUAUUUGAACCAU